AUGUCAGUUCUCUGCAAACCUCCGUUAAAAAAGAGGAAGAAGCUCCGGAAACUGGAGGAGGCACAGCAAGUAGAAGGAUGUGAACCGAUUGCGAAGAAGACUAGAAUUCCUGGCAAGUCGUCCAAAUCGGGUAUCUUCCCUAGAGAACACAUUGGCAGUCCAUUCUGCGAUAGUCGAGUCUACAUACCGACCGUUAAAGAUUUUAUGGCUAAUGCAGAAGAAGGAUCAAUGCUAGAUGAGGUGUCACUGCUACCUCUUGAAGACCUCGCGAGUCUGGUAUGUGGAAGUACUGUGUACUCUUUGAUUAAGAACACAACGAUUGGAAUUGAUCUAACGAAAUGCUGCCAAGAGUUGCAAGAGAGGCAUACUCUGCUGGACUUGGCGCAUUUAUGUGCAUACGCUAAUGAGACGCUACAACGUAUGAAAUCAGGUCAUAGGAAUUUGCAGGGCAAUCGCGAGAAAGGAUUCGGUCAGGAAACGAACACUCAGGCUUCUUCGUCAUGA